GACGAUAUCGACAACCUCCCUUACCCGGGCGAGCUCCCGCGUAAGGAUUUUCUCGCUCCCAACUUCAACCCUCAAACAUAUCUUUCCUCCCUCCGGAAUCGGCAUCAAACUCUCGAAGAUCUACGGACAGAUCUACGACAAAGAAGCCAAGCUCUGAACCAGGAAUUGCUCGACUUGGUUAAUGGCAAUUAUGACGAGUUCCUCUCGCUUGGAUCCGACUUGAAGGGAGGGGAGGAGAAGAUUGAAGGUGUUAGAGUGGGGUUGUUAGGCUUCAGGAGGGAGGUGGAGGGCAUUCAGCGCGGGGUACGGGAAAGGGCAGGUGAGAUGGGAGAGCUGCUGCGCGAGAAGAAAGGGUUGAGGAAGGAUGUUAUGCUUGGGCGGGCGUUGUUGGGGGUUGAGGAGGGUUUGACGGAGCUUGAGGGGAAUUUGGGGAUGAUUGCGGAUGACGCGGUGAUGGAGGAGGAAGAAGAUAGUGAGGACGAUGAUGUGGACGGUAUAGUCAGCAGUGGAAAUGCUGCGAGAAAGAUGCAGAGGCAUGUGGAACAGUAUGUCUUACUUACGCGGCAGAUUGAACGGAUGGGUCCCAAUCAUCCCUUCUUACUGGCACAACAGCCACGAGUCGAUGCGGUGCGGAAGACGAUGCUUCUGGACCUGAGUGCUACGCUGCGGCAAGCCAAAGCUUCGAAGACGACGGAUGACAUUCUGCGGCUCGUCCGUCUGUAUGCGGAUUUGGACGCCGAGAGGGAAAGUGUGCGGGUGCUGAAGGGA